CUUUCUUACUCUCGAAGCGGCUUCAAAAAUCACAGAGAAAAAGACGUUUCUCUCUGUCUCUGUAAUGGAGAAAGAGGUUGUGGAGAUCUUCGAAGCGGCGAAGAGGGCGGCAGACGCUGCAGCUGCAGCCGCGACGGAUGGGGCGCAGUCCGGCGGACCGGACGAAUCUAGGUGCGUUGAGGCGUUGAAGCGGCUGAGGGAUCUUCCCGUCACGAUGCAGAUUCUCAUUUCGACGCAGGUCGGAAAACGCCUCCGUAGCCUCACUAAACAUCCUAUGGAGAAGAUCCAAGCCAUCGCUUCUGACCUGCUCGGCGUCUGGAAGAACAUAGUCAUUGAGGAAACAGCCAAAGACAAUAAGAAAAUCAGCAACCCCAGCAGUAAAAACUCUACUAAUCUCCAAGUAAGAUCCGAGAGAGCAGAGGCGGUAAAGAUGGAGACUGUAAAAGCCAACAAGUCCCAAAACCCUGAGCGGAUGAAGGCCGAAGACAAGUUUAAAAGAUCACAAUCCGUCAAGGUUGAGAAGGUUGUUCAGUCAGUGAAAGCUGAGAAGCUCUCAAGGUCAGAAUCUCUCAAGGUUGAGAAGAUUGGUGAGAAUGACAACACCGUCCAGGUUGAAAAGAUUCAUGAGGAAGAGAAGCAAGCUGCCCUGAUCAGAGGUGGCCCACCAAAGCUAACUUCGAUGAUCAAAUGCAAUGAUUCCAUGCGUGACAAGCUCCGUGAGCUUCUCGCUGAGGCCUUCUCCAAAGUCUCCACUGAAGCUGAUGAAGAUAUGAUGGAUCAAGUGAAUGCGUGCGACCCAAUACGAGUAGCUGUAUCAGUGGAGUCUGUGAUGUACGAGAAGAUGGGCCGCUCUAAUGGGGUGCAGAAGGUCAAAUACAGAUCCGUCAUGUUCAAUCUCAAGGACUCCAACAAUCCUGAUUUACGGAGGAGAGUGCUUCUGGGCCAUAUCAAACCGGAGAGGCUGAUCGACAUGACUCCUGAAGAGAUGGCUAGCGAUAAGAGGAAGCAAGAGAAUACUGUGAUUAAAGAAAAAGCUUUGUUUGAGUGCGAGCGUGGUGGGGCCCCAGAAGCUACGACUGAUCAGUUCAAGUGCGGCCGAUGCGGGCAGCGGAAGACGACAUACUACCAGUUGCAGACACGGAGCGCAGAUGAGCCGAUGACGACGUUCGUGACAUGUGUAAAUUGCAACCACCACUGGAAAUUUUGUUAAUGGUGAAUGGAGGCAUGUUCAUGGGCAGGACCAUCUUGGGAAGAAAUUUCCUCUAGUGAGUUGCAUUCUUUUUUAGAAUGAUUUGAGAUAUAGCCGUUGAUUUGCUUAGGAAAUCUUAUUUCUUUUAUGUAUUAAUCUUUUGAGUGGCUA